AUGACUAAACCUGAGUCAAAGUGUCGUCUCCUGUCUGUCUGCUCCUCUGUCUGUCUGCUCCUCAGUCUGCUCCUCAGUCUGCUCCUCUGUCUGUCUGCUCCUCUGUCUGUCCUCUGUCUGUCUGCUCCUCUGUCAGUCUGCUCCUCUGUCUGUCUGCUCCUCUGUCUGUCUGCUCCUCUGUCUGUCUGCUCCUCUGUCUGUCUGCUCCUCUGUCUGUCUGCUCCUCAGUCUGCUCCUCUGUCUGUCUGCUCCUCUGUCAGUCUGCUCCUCUGUCUGUCUGCUCCUCUGUCUGUCUGCUCCUCUGUCUGUCUGCUCCUCUGUCUGUCUGCUCCUCUGUCAGUCUGCUCCUCUGUCUGUCUGCUCCUCUGUCUGUCUGCUCCUCUGUCUGUCGCUCCUCUGUCUGUCUGCUCCUCAGUCUGCUCCUCUGUCUGUCUGCUCCUCAGUCUGCUCCUCAGUCUGCUCCUCAGUCUGUCUGCUCCUCAGUCUGUCUGCUCCUCUGUCUGCUCCUCUGUCUGCUCCUCAGUCUGCUCCUCAGUCUGCUCCUCUGUCUGUCUGCUCCUCUGUCUGUCUGCUCCUCUGUCUGUCUGCUCCUCAGUCUGCUCCUCAGCUGUCUGCUCCUCAGUCUGUCUGCUCCUCUGUCUGUCUGCUCCUCUGUCUGUCUGCUCCUCAGUCUGCUCCUCAGCCUGCUCCUCAGUCUGCUCCUCAGUCUGUCUGCUCCUCAGUCUGUCUGCUCCUCUGUCUGUCUGCUCCUCUGUCUGUCUGCUCCUCAGUCUGCUCCUCAGUCUGUCUGCUCCUCAGUCUGUCUGCUCCUCUCUCUGCUCCUCUGUCAGCACCUCUGUCUGCUCCUCUGUCUGUCUGCUCCUCUCUCUGAUCAUCUGUCUGCUCCUCUGUCUGUCUGCUCCUCUCUCUGAUCAUUUGUCUGCUCCUCUGUCUGCUCCUCUGUCUGCUCCUCUGUCUGUGCCUCUCUCUGCUCCUCUGUCUGAUUAG